GAUGCGUUUCAAGGUUUCCUCUUUACUGUGGCAGUGGUGGCGUUGCUGCUUUCGAGCGUAACUCUUAUUCGCCUUGACACCAAUUCUGUCGAGUUGACUCUGAUGCGUCAAAACAUUAAGAACCUGGAGAUUCAGCUUCUCAAAGCAGAGGACAGCCCAUGCAAACCGUGUCAGGACCACCUUAACAUACAAGAAAAUAGACAAAAUUAUGACCAAAGAAGGUUCUCCAGAGACCUUGGGCUGGGUAAGGAAUCCAAGUCACGCCAGAAAGGCAAGAAAGGUAUCAACCGAAAAAUGAAAAUGGAAAUAAAAGGGGAGGUAAAAAACGAGGUUCGCAUGAUGCUGAGUACACUGACCAAAGUCUUCUGCGCAAAAGAAGAAAAGCUUUGUUUCGGAGGCCCUAAAGGUGAUAAAGGUGACGUGGGAAUUGAAGGAAGUCCUGGAGUUCGCGGGGAGAAAGGAGCUGCUGGAGUAACUGGAACUGGACAGAAAGGAGAAAAAGGUGACCCUGGUAUUUCAGUUGCUGCUCCUACUAUCAUUACACCACCAAAAGUGAUAACCAUCAAAGAGACACAAACAGCCUCACUGCCAUGCAAAGCUGAAGGACUUCCUUUACCACAAACAACCUGGGUUCGAGUCUACGGAUCUCUACCCAGUGGUCGUCACGUGAUUCACAGUAAUGGUACGAUGGUGAUAAGUGGAGUGCUAUAUAAUGACGCUGGAAUGUACGUGUGUCAAGCCAAAAAUGUUCUAGGGAUCACCAAAUCGACCAUGCUGCUGAUUGUUCACGUUCCCGUUCAACUGACCAGGACGCCUCGUCCCCUCCAGAUCGAAGAAGGACAGAGUGCUGUGUUUACAUGCAAAGCCUCCGGAUUUCCUGAGCCUGUGAUUACUUGGACGGCGCUAUCCGAGAGAGGUCGCAUACUUACAAAUGGAUCAGGGUCUUCUAAGGGACAGCUCACAAUCUACAACGCCACCUUAAAAGAUAGUGACACCUACUCGUGCACAGCCAAAAAUGACGUUAAUGAAGUUAAAGCAUCUGUACAGCUGUCCGUUCUUCCUAAACUGAAAUUUCUUGUUCGACCAGUCGAGCAGAUGAAUAUAUAUCUCGGCAGUAGGGUGUUACUGCAUUGCCAAGCAAGCAUGGAACCAGUGCAAUGGACCAAGGAAGGUGACGCAAUGCCAACAGCAUUCGAGAUUUUGCGCAACGGAACUCUAAUUAUAAAUGUAACAUCUAUUCUCGAUGGUGGAUGGUAUAGCUGUGCAGCAGAAAGCGAAAUUGCAGUCAUAAAUGUAACUUCUGCCUUGACAGUCCAGGUGCGAUCAUGCAGUGAGUGGCGACUUGCAGGUUAUAAUCGCAGUGGUAUUUUUAAUGUAAAAGCGGAUGAGGAUUCGCCGAUGUUCAAAGUGUUUUGCAACAUGACUGAGAAGGGUGGUGUUGGGGUAUCAGUGGUCAGUCACGACUCAGAGAAGAGAACUGCUGUGGAGGGCUUCUUUUAUCCUGGGAGCUAUUUUAAAGAUGUGACUUACCUGGGGGUAACUAUGAUUCAGAUCAAAAACCUCAUUCAGGCAUCCACUCAUUGCGAACAGUAUAUAAAAUAUGAAUGCCGCCAUUCUGUACUUCUCUGGAAGGGAUCACCUUACGGCUGGUGGGUGUCACGUGAUGGACAGAAAAUGAUGUAUUGGGGAGGAGCUUCUCCCGACAGCAACAUGUGCGCAUGUGGAAUAAACGACUCGUGCGCCACGGGUGAAGCAUGUAACUGCGAUGCCAAUGAUUUGACGUGGAGAGAGGACAGUGGACUUCUGACUGACAAGUCCACUUUGCCCGUUACACAGCUCCGGUUUGGUGACACAGGAGACCCAAGAGAAGAAAAAGGUUUUCAUACUUUGGGAAAAUUGAAAUGCUAUGGCAUAGUUUCGACUAAUUUUUAAAACUACAUCAAACCUAUCAGUCAUAAGUUAGGAGUUUUACAAGAGGAAAAAAAUACGAAAGAAAUAACAGUUGAGACGCGUCCGAAAAACCGUGAUUAAACCUAAUAAUAAGUUAACCAUCAGCUAAAGGAGCAAAAGAAAUUAAUCGUACGACUGUUUUAUGGUAGAAAUCUAAAUAAUGAUAGCAUUCCAUUUACCAACAAGUAAGCGACGAGGGUGUCAUCUCUAGAGACGCCCUGUAACUCGGAUAGGAAGCUUUCCACGAACGAUCUCUAGGUAAAAGUGUAGUGUGAUCGUCCGGGUCAGUGUAGUCCUGAGAAAGACUGUUGACUUACGCCACUUCAGCCAAUCGGUCGUGAUUGGUUGAGUCUUACAGCCAAUAACAUCACGGCAAAACUGGCUGAAAUAAGAACAUUCUACAGACAACAA